AGCUGCUAUGAGUUUCGUUACUAACCAACAACUCCAAAAGUUAAGAUGCUUGAAGUGUCGAAAGUAUCUAUCAUAUUUCCCGAUAUAUCAAAGUUACGACCAGCAAGGCUGCAUUUGUGGACGAUGCUCUGUCGAAGGCAACGUCGAGAGGAACACCAUCUACGAGGAAGUAACUACAAUACAAAAAUUUCCCUGCUGUUAUGAUGUAAGUGGUUGUCUGGACAGUUUAUAUCCAGACGAGGUGCCCAUUCACGAAAAAUUUUGUAAAUUUAGAACUUAUGACUGCCCAUCAAACACCACUAGUAAAUGUAAAUGGCGAGGAUUAGUUAAAGACAUGUGGGAUCAUUUUCAACGUCAUCACGCGAUAUACACCAUCAAAAACAACGAAUUUGAAAUUGAUCUCGUUGGAAACUAUAGCGAAAAUUAUCUGUUGAACGUUGAAGAUGAGUUGUAUAUUGUUAAUCAAAGUAACUCCAGAAGCAAUAGCUUUUCUUGCAAUGUUUCCUAUAUAGGUUGCAACAUAAACUCCCAAAGCUACUCAUAUAAACUCACUUUUACGAAUAUGAGGAACAGACUAAACAACUUUGCGAUCAGCGAAAAACUGGGAGAAGGGAUUAAUCUAGAUAGAACCUUUAUCACGGAAUCAUUAGGAAAUCCCAGCAUAGUCUUGGUUCGUAUCCAAAUAGUCACACAAGAAGACAAUGAAAACCACUUCGAGGAAGUUCAGUGGGAGCUGCUGGAAGAACUGGAAUGCAGCUAUUGCUUGGAAUUCUUGCUGCCGCCUGUUCAACAAUGCAUAACUGGCCACAGCAUCUGCUCCAACUGCAAAAUGACGCAGAGUGUGUGUCCGACAUGCACCAAAGACUUCAAGGACACUGUCAACAUAACACUGGGAAAGCUGAUCGACCACUUGGUUUACCCUUGUAAGAAUGAAGGGUGUAAUUUCACGUGUAAGGCAAAAGAUAUAAGUGAACACUACUCCAAGUGUAUUUAUGGUAAAUUUAAAUGUCCUCUGCACGAUUAUGAAAAUUGCAGUGAAGAGAUAUAUUACACUGGACUAUACGAUCACAUAUUGACCAACCAUUAUGAAAACUUACUGGAAAUGGACACCGUCAGUGUCCCUUUUAAGAUUUAUCAUGAGGAAAAUGAGACUGAGCCCGGAGAUGACGACAAAAACUUAAAUGAAGAUUGCUUCAUAUUAAGAUACGAUUUUCGACUGUUCAAGCUGCAUUAUAAGUAUGAAAAUGGUAUGUUUCAGUGGGAAAUGCAACUGAUUGGCUCUACAAAUGAAGAUAAAAAAUAUGAUUUUGAAGUAGACGUCGUGGAUAACAGGAGAAACCAAAGGAUAUUUUUUAAAAGGGAAUGUAGCACGUUAAGUAGCAAGACUGAAGCUUUUGCUGAGGACAGGUCUUUUAUAUACAUAGAUAUUGAUCAGGUUCACAGCAUGAUCGAUGAAGAACUUAUAUACUCUGUACGCAUUUUGCCUAAAUCUUAAUUUUAAGAAGAUCAAGAAGAGUACCUAUCUUCAUAUUUUAUAUUAAUGUAAUU